GAGUUUUUCUAUCUAUAUAUAUAGAGGAGGAAGGAGUUCCCAGCAAACAGCAUAAAUCGGUGCAUCUGGACCGAAUUCUAUAGAUUAAGAAGAUCAAAUCAAAGAUUCCCUGGCUAUGGAACCGAGCUCCAUAGAACUCAAAGUGUUGUCCUGUAAAGAUCUGAGAGCAUUCAAUUUCUUCCAGAAACUCUCAGCUUACACACUCGUCUCGCUUGUAAGUGAUGAUCCCAGCAAAAAACUAGAGCAGAAUCAGCAACAGAGAACUCCGAACGACCUAGAAGGCGAUGGGAAUCCCGAUUGGAAUCACGAGAUGCGCUUUGAUUUGAACGAGGUAUCAUUGGAGGAUUAUGACCACCUCUUUAUACAUUUUGAUGUGCGCCAUCAAGGUCUUAUGUUUGGAGACAAGACCAUCGGAGAAGUCCAUGUACACUUGAAGGACCUCAUCGAAGAAUCUAACUUUGGUGUUGUCCGGUUCGUGAGUUAUCAGGUCCGGACAACUGACGGAAGACCCAAUGGCGUUUUGAGUUUCUCCUGCAAGGUGAAUGGAAAGGGUAAGAACAAUAAUAUGGGGACUGGUUCUGAGUUUCCCGUGAUUCAUGAUCAGCAAACUUCACAUGAGAUUCAUUAUCCAUCGCUGGAAUUACAAAAACUCUCCGAGGAAUCUCUCUCUUUUGCCCCACAGCAAGUUCACUUUUUGCUACCUGGAAUGCAGUACCCGUCCUAUCGAGCUUACCAUCCGCCACCAGAUGCCUAUUAUCCGCCGCCACCGCCGCCGCCGCAUGGGGCCUGUUACCACCCCUCUCGUCCACAGUGGGUUUAUCCAUGGGCGCCAGACCUGGACAAACUUGGAGGUGGUUAUGAUUAUUAUGGUGCAGCACAUGGGACCCCUGGAAGGCCCGUCUUAGCACAGUCACGUGGAACUGAUAAUAAUGUCGGAGAGGCGUGGUCAAAUUCUGAUUCUCGAGCUGGAAACGAUCGCGAAGAUCCCUUCUGGAAUGGCAGGGGAUGGAAGGGAUAUUUAGAGCCUUGGGGCAAAUAGGCCUAUGCGUUGGAAGAUCAAGUUUGAGACAGAGGCGUGGUCAAAUUCUGAUUCUCGAGCUGGAAAUGAUCGCGAAGAUCCAUUCUGGAAUGGCAGGUAAGAAGGGCUUUUAGGAAUUAUUAUAGCUAGUGGUCUCGGCGUUGAAAUGUUGUUGGGCUAGCUGUUCCACUCUUUUUUGUUUGUUUACUAUCAGUAUAUAGGUGAUGGAAGGCACAUUUAGAGCCUUGGUGCAAAUAAGCCUAUGCGUUGAAAGAUCCAAGUUUGAGACAU